CUGCACUGGAGGGUAAACCUGAACAAAAGAGUUCUCCCCCUGGAAACUUAACACCACAGUCAACAUGUCAAAAUAUAAAUUAGUCAUGCUGAGGCAUGGUGAAGGUGCCUGGAACAUAGAAAACCGAUUCUGCAGCUGGGUUGACCAAAAGCUCAGCGCAGAUGGGCUUAAGGAAGCGGAGAAGUGCGGAAAGCAUCUAAAGUCUCUAGGCUUUGAGUUUGACAUGGUCUUCACUUCCAUCCUCAGCCGGUCUAUCCAAACAGCAUGGCUUAUUUUAAAAGAGCUCGACCAAGAAUGGGUUCCAACUCGGAGUUCGUGGAGGCUAAAUGAGCGCCAUUACGGGGCUCUUAUUGGCCUUAACCGAGCAGAACUGGCUCUGAACCAUGGAGAAGAGCAAGUGAAGCUCUGGAGGAGAAGCUAUGAUGAGGCCCCUCCACCAAUAGAUGAGAGCCAUCCUUACUACCACGAGAUCCACACGGAUCGAAGGUACACGAGUUGUGACGAACAGAAGGAUAAGCUGCCAAAAUCUGAGAGCCUGAAGCAAGUCCUCGAAAGGCUUCUUCCUUACUGGAAUGAAGAGAUUGCUCCAGAAGUAAAGCGGGGGAAACAGGUUCUUAUUUCGGCACACGGAAACAGCACAAGAGCAUUAUUAAAACAUUUAGGAGGUAUCUCCGAUGCGGACAUUAUAAAGAUCUCUCUUCCCACUGGUGUUCCGGUGCUUCUAGAACUUGACGAGAAUCUCCGUGCUGUCAAACCUCACGAAUUUUUGGGCGACCAAGAAGCCAUUCAGGCUGCCAUUAGGAAAGUAGAAGAUCAGGGCAAAGUGAAACGUAGCGAGAAGUAAAGAUUUCUAUAGAUGCCCCUCUUAUGAGGUCGACUGGUGGUGCUUAAAGUACCAGUCCAAGCAAAAAGUAAUAUUUUGGCUGUGUGAACAUUGGGCUCAAUUA